AUGUGGUCCUCUGGAGUGAGUCAAACACUUGAUGCAAAACAUCUUUUUGAAAGCAUCGAAAUCGAGAAUUGUAUCUCGUGGGAAUUUGAAGGGAAAUCAUACUUCAUAAGCUAUGGUAAGAAACCAACUCCUAAAGAAACAUUUGUCUUGAUAACGCACCAAAACAUCCAAUAUGACGUUCUUGUAAAGAAAACAAUACUUUCAGAAGUCCACUUUAUACGUGGGUUCCAAAUAUACGAUUAUGAAGUCCGUGACAUUGUUGCAACAAUAAACACAGAAGAUGAAGAUGUCUUUGAAAAGCGGAUUUUGAAGUACAUUCUUACGCCAAUGAUCAACAGCAUCCGAAUCCUUCAUGAAAAGAAGAGAGUCCAGUGGAUGCAAAGGCACCUCCCAACAACAGUAAUUAAAAGGUAUGGACAAAACUUGUCACAUCCGUUCUUCGAAGCUUUUAACACGUAUCUUGAAGACACCUUUGAAACACGUUCAGAUAGAUACAAGGGAUUCAUCUAUGUUGGGGCGUCAAAGACGGGAAAAACGUUCUUCUUCGACAGAAUGCUUGUUCCAGAAAAGUAUCGAGUAAUCCACAAGAACCUCCUUAGUUUCAAUGAUGUUGGCGGGGAACAGUACAAACUAUUUCGAAUCCUAGAUGAUAUCAACUGGGCAGACGUAGACUCGGAAACACUAAAGGCACUGUCAACAGAGGAGUAG